AUGUCGUCCUUCAUGCUCUUUGGCAAUCUUGCUGUUGCUGGCGCCUCUCGCGUGUCUUCUUCCCAGAAAGUAGAUGACGGAGUCGUCACGACCUUCCAUUAUCUCUACGACACAACAAUUUCUGUCCGCAAUGGUCCUCCUAUCCAAUCCAGUCUCAGGGUGUACAGCCCACCCAACGACGUCCCUUUUCCCGAACAGUCGAUUGUUUUCGCCUGCACAAAAGCUCACGCUCCGAUGAACGACACUGUUCUUCUCGACGCCAUCUCUGUUUUUGCGUACCCUGGAAAUCCCGACGCUGACGACUACCAGGAUGACAUUCUUGAUUUUCCCGCAACCUUCGCCGCCUUUACCGGUCUAGUUCGUACUCAAGGAGAAUCAAUGCCGAGCGACCCCGCAUCUCGGUCUUUUUGGUUGAUACAUCUGAGUAUGUUCGAGACAGUGAACGCAUCUCUGCGUUAG